AUGGAUCUGUCCAACAGCGGAAGGCGGCCGCCACCGAUGGGCGUUAAAAUGAGGGCGUGCGCAAAUUGCUCGCGCCUGAAGAUGAAGUGUCGCUGGCCGUCGUCCGGCUCGGCCGAGACCACGGCGUGCACAAGGUGUGGCCGCUUGGGCAUCGCAUGCGGCGUCCCGGCCCAUGCGCCAAGGAAAAGGAGACCAAAGUCAAAUCGCGUCGCACAGCUGGAGCAGAAACUCGACGGCAUCAUGUCCCUCCUCGAGUCCAGCCAACGGGCCGCCAAGCGCCAAUGCUCCAGCACCGCCGCCGGUGCCGGCGCAUCUGCCUGUUCCGGCGACGACUCCCCCGUCCCCUCGUCGCCGCUGACUCCCGACAGCCAAGGCCCCAACCCGUGGCCCCUGGGCGCCGGCGCCGGCGCCGGCGAGCACACUUCCCCGGAGCAGCCACCGGCGGACGCCGCCGAGACGGUGGAGCUCGUACCCGGGUUCCGCAUCACGUUUGUCGAGGCGGCCGAGUACCUGCACGUGUACCGCAAAGACUACAUGCCCGUGUUCCCGUUUGUGCUGAUUGAGGAGACGACCAGGCCGCAGGAGCUGCACGCCGCCGCGCCGGCGCUCUUCUGGAUGAUCAUGGCGGCCGUGGCCCAGACGUCGGAGGAGGUCGACGCCGCCGUCAAGGCUUGGCUGCGGCGGCACGUGGCGGAAAAGAUGCUCAUUCGGCAGGAAAAGACGCUGGAGAUGCUGCAGGCCAUUCUUGUGCAUCUGAUAUGGGGCUCCUUUCACUUUUACAUAGACGCCGAAACGCCCUUGUUUAUGAGUCUGGCGCAAAACAUUGUGCUCGACUUGAAGCUGGACUGGCCGCCGGAACAGGGGCAGGUGUAUAAGCACUCCCUCCUCGGGGCGGCCUGGUGCCACAUGAACAAGACGCAUCUGCUGCAGCGGCGGAGAGCGCACACGCCGGCCGAGAUUCGCGCCGUGCUGGGCCUUUACUAUGCAACAUCCGUGUACGUUUUACGAUCACAUGGCUUCCUUUUCGUGCGGCACCCCGCUGACAAGCUGCCCAGAACAAUGUCCAUGUUUCGCCGCGGUCCCGGCCUGGCGUGGAACAGCUACCUGACCAAGAGCUGCGACUCGAUUGCCGCCCUGUGCCAGCAUCCGCUCGACGAGGCCCUUGCCGCGAGCGUGCGGCUGCAGCGCAUCGCGCAGAGAGGCCUGAGCGCGCUGCCCGGCACUGAGUACGUCUGGGGCCCGUCGCCGACUGUGUACAGCCACGCGCACGAGAUGACGCUGAUCCUGACGCGCGACAACAUGGACAAGUUUUUCCACUCGCAGACUCUCGAGAUUCAAAACGACGGUCCGUUGCCCCUUCUCCCAGCGUACCCCGAAUAUCAACUAACUCCCCCUUGCCAAGUCAUGUUCCGCCACCUGUACCUCGCGCUUCUCGUCCGCCUCUACGAGCCCGUCCUCGGCAUGCAGCCGGCCGCGCACAUCUCAGACAACAGCGCCAACGCCACGGCGCACGGGCUGCCGUUUCGGCGCACCGAGAUGCUGUGGCGGCUCGUCGACGCCUGCCGCGCGCUGCUCGCCGCGCGCGCCGCCCUGACGGUCGCGCAGACGGCGCUGCGGCCCUCGACCAUGACGGGCUUUCUGGCCUUUGGCGUCGUCACCGCCUCGCGCGUGCUGUUCCACGCCGCCGAGGACUGGGACCCGGCGGUCGCGCGCCGCCGCUUCGACUACGGCGCCGCCAUGCUCGCCGCCGCCGCGCAGUACGAGCGCGCCGAGGCAUGGGCCGCGACGGCCGCGCGCAGACACCCCAUGUACGACAAGACGCCGCUGUUUCUCCUCUACGCGCAGAAGCUCAGGUGGAUACACCAGUGGUAUGAGGCGCGCCGCGCGGCGGACGAGGUCUCGGCUGAGGCGGCUAUGAUUACGCCCCCGCAGGAUGCGCAGAUGGGGAUGGGCGGGGGAGGGGAUGCGGGGAUGGACUUGCUGGGGCCGGAGCAGCAGCAUAGUCCGGGGGUUUUGCCGGAUUUUCAGUUUGAUGAGGCGUUUUGGCAGGAUAUGCUGCUGGGUACGCCGCAACCAGCGCUGGGACUGUACAACAUGGGACCAGGGGGUUUGUAA